ACCGCCUGCACCAUCUACCUCGCACCUUAAGUAACAAGGACGUUCCAACAACAUGUGAUGUCUCUUCACUAAUUACGCCAACGUAUAGAAAAUAUUAAACAAUCGGCUGCGUCAGUGGGGGAACUACAGUACAACUCCUGAAGGUGACAGAACAGAAGAUCAGACGCCCUCCAUCAUCAAGUAUCCUCAGUCGUGUUGCCACCUCACGUAACACCAUGGCAGCGACAACAACACACCGGAUGCAGCAGCAACACCAGCAGUUUAUGACCUGCAAGACACCUCCUGGCCCGUCAGCUCCCGAUGCCAACAGUCACCUGCCCCCUCUUAUAAUCACUCCUACCGUCACCUUCCACACGCUACUCUUAUUGAUCAUCACCUGCCCAACAGCUUCGUCUCGUGACUUGCGUGAGGGCGGGAUGACCACGGCCGCCCGACAACAGGUGGAGGGAGUGAUAUCCCAGGCAGUGGAGCUGGUGCUGCCCCUCCUGGCCCAGGGCACCUCGGCCCUCAUCGUCCACGACGGUUCACCUGAUGCCCUGGAAGUCACCCACCGACUGGCCUCACGUCUCUCCGUGCCCCUCCAGGUGGGGGACAUGUCACGCCUGCUGGAACACCCCGCCACACUCGCUGCCUUCCAAAAAGACCAACACAACUCUGACCUUGGACUGACGGUCUUCGUGUUCAGCAAUGUGAGCGUCGUGGGCAAGUUUGUGACGGUCAAGUCUCACUUAUGGGUGACCACUCCGCUGCUGCUGCUGAGCCUCUCCCUGUACCAUGACGCCAGAGAGGUGCUGGUGGAGGUGCAACAGGUACGAUGGUCAGCCCUCCUGCAGGCACAGCACACCCCUAGCGGGCGGUUCACACAUUCUCUCUUCACCUUCCUGCCCUUCAACCCUCCAGACUCUCAGUUCCACAUUCAGGUGUAUAACGAGGAGAUGCCACUUACACGAGGUCGGGUGUUUGUGGAGCGUUACUUGGACUUUCACGGGUGGGAGCUGAAGGUUGCCAGCUGGAUCGACGACUUUCCUUUCUUAUUCUAUGACAGCAGUCAGCAGGUUCAGGGGCUGUCCAAGAUGAUGCUGGACGUGAUAGCCAGCCGCCUCAACUUCACCUAUCACCUACAAGAACAGCCGCCUGAUGGCUACUGGGGAGCCAUCAUCAACGGCACCUGGAUGGGCAUGGCGGGGCAGCUGGUGCGACGCGAGAAGGACAUUCUUAUCGACGGCUUUGCCAUCUUGGAGGACCGCUUCCAUGCCCUCGACCUCUCUGUGCCCUACUUCACCGACGCCUACAGCGCCACACUCAAGGUGCCUCCCCCAGUGCCACGGUGGCUGGCUGUGGUGUAAUACCGUUCAGGC